AAUGAACACAGUAAAAUGUCAAAGACUUUCGGAAUUGAUUAACAAUACUUGGACUAUUUUAAUGAGAGAGAGAAAGAAUAUUUUAUUAAAGGAUUUGGAAACAAUUCCAAAGUUUCCAUUUUUAAAAGAAAAUCCUUCUCAGAUUAAUUUCAGUAAAAUUUUCACACCCAUCCAAUUGGUAUCAUCAAAAAGUAAUCUGGUUGUUGAUGAAAAUUUUGAUGAUAUUAAAUCCUUUCAAAAGAUUUUAAUUGAUGAGGAAAAUAAAAGAAUUUUGAUUAGAGGAGAUGCUGGUAUGGGUAAAACUUAUCAUGCAAUGAAAAUUUUACAUUCAUGGGUUCAUGAUGACACAUUUUUGGACAAUUGUCUUCUUUUGUAUAUCAAACUUGGAGCUGUUCAAAGAACUGCAUCUAAAGAAUCUUUGGUUGAUGAACUGUUUACAAAUAAUUUUAAAAGAGACUCCUGCAUUACCAAAGAACUCUUUCAGUACUUUUUUGAGCAGACAGAAUGCAAAGAAAAGAUGAUUCUUCUUUUGGAUGGGGCUGAUGAACUGAAAUAUGAAGAUUCAAUAUUUAAUGAUAUUGUAAAAAAGUGUAAUUUUACAAUUUAUCCAGUAAUUGUUUGGGCAAGAAAUUGGAAAAUUAGACAUGUUAGUGAUACCUAUGAUUUUGUAUUUGACAUCAAUGGAUUCAAUGAAAGACAAUUGAAAAUUUAUUUUGAAAAAUUUUUUAAUGAAGACAAUUUACCUGAUUUAAAACUACCAUUUUACCAUAAUAAAAGCCAUAAGAAAUUAACCACUAAUUGUUUCCACCAUGAUGGAAAAGUUAUAAAGAAAUCUGAUAUUCUUUUUCAAAUGUUAAAAACAGAAAACAAAGAAGUUUUUAACAUUUGUAAUAGUCCUUUAAUAGCCUGUUUAGUAGCUGGUAUUUGGGAAGAAAGAGAUACAAAUAUUAUAGGUACUAGAUAUUCUAUUUUUGAUCAAUCCAUACAGAUUCUAUUAACUAAGGCUGGCAUUGAUUCUAAAAGUAAUGAUUAUACGAAAAUUUUAGAAUAUUGUUCAAAACUGGCUUUUGAAAAUUUACUUUACAAUAAAGAAAUAUCAAUAAAUGAAAUUGUAAAAAAGUCAGAUUAUAUUGGUGGAUUAUUGAUUCCAGUUAAGAAAAAAUCAUCUAUGACGCAAUUUAAAGAUUUUACAUUUAUUCAUAUUUUCUUCCAAGAAUAUCUAACUGCAAGAUAUAUCAUAAAUUUAUACCAAGAUAGCAAGAAAAAUGAAUCAAUGAUUCAAUCACUAAAAACAUAUUUUGACAAGUUGGAAAAUCUAUUUUUAUUGAAAAAUGUUUUCAGUUUUCUUCAAGAAAUAAAUUAUAAAGUAUUUUCUCAAAUUAUUGAAGAGAAUGAAAAUAUUCUUAUGGUAUUGGAAACUGAUCAAAGAAUUAUUGAUAUAAUAAAUAGAAGGCAUUCAAAUUUAAUUGAACUUGAGUCAAUAUCAUUACCAACAACUAUUAUUAAUAUUAUAUUUAAUUCCUAUAAAAGAAAUAUCAAAGAAAUCAAUUUCAAAUUUGUUAAGAUAAAUCUACCAAAUUUUAUUGAGAUCUGUACCAGCCAAUUGGAAAAUAUAUUAGAAAUUUUUAAAAUCAAUGGAGGUAUUGAAGAAUUAUUAGAAAUUGAAAUAGUAAAAAAGUUAAUGACAAAAAUGCAAAAAUUAAGAGUUUUAAGUAUAACUAAUGUUUUCUUCAAUGGAUGUUUAGAAUUGUCAUCCUUUAUACAAUCAACUACAAUAGAAGAUUUAACAUUAGAAAAUUGUAAUUUACAAAAAUGUUCACCUAGAUUUUUGAAUAUGAAAUUCAAAUGUCUUUAUUAUUUCAAUAUUUCUGAAAAUCAAUUUGAAGGUAAGGAGUAA